AUGAAAAAAAUAGCAAAGUUGGGCAAAGGUUUGCUCACUCCACACCAAUACUACGAUCAUGAUCAGUCAUUCACAAACCAACUACUUCAAAAUGGGUGGAAGAAGUGGAGCACAGUGUGUAGUGGAUGUUUGGUAUUGGUCUUUGAACAGAAAUAUCGAAAGUUUCAUCAGGAAUCGCAUAAAAACGAAACAGUUUUCGCAAAAGAAAAUGAGCACGAAUACGCUUCGUUAAAACUUCUUCAAAAACUCGCUAAACAAGCUCUUGCGAGUAAUGACCAAACCACUGCAAUUGAACUCUAUUCUCGCAUCAUUGAUUGCUUGACCACUCGAAAGAUUCGACUCGAGCAAGAAAGUCAACAGCAACAACAGGCCUUUCGUGGUGAAGUUUUCUCAUUGGAAGAUCGAGCCAUCUUAUAUGACUCGUAUCUUCAACGAUCGUUAUUGACACAUUCUGUGGAAGAUGCUUCUCGAUUGAUCGAGUUGACUCCAGAUUCGUUCGCCUCUUAUUAUGUGAGAGGAUUGUAUUAUAGUUCUCGAAAUGAAAAGGAAAAUGCAUUGCAAGAUUUUAACAUGGUUUUAAAGUUGAAUCCAGACUAUUCCGAUGGCUACAUACAGAGAGCUAAAUUAUAUUACACGCAAUUCAAGGAUAAUGUAAAAGCCAUUCAAGAUUUUGAACGCGCUUUUCAACUCUCCCCCAACUUGGAAAACAUUGAGAUUUACUAUCUAAGAGUGGCACAUUUAUGCGCGGAUCCUUCUCAUCCCCCAAGUUACAAUCUAGAAAAAGCAUACAACUAUUUGGAAAAAGCUUUUCGAAUCUUCACUGAACAACACAAACCCAUUCCUCUGAGUUUAUAUAACGAAUUGUGUUCUUGCUGCUACGAAUUGCAUCGAUAUGAAAAAGCCUUGUAUUGGGCUCAUCUUGGAAUUAAGCAAUUUCAACAUGAUUAUUCCCAUGAGGAACCACUCACAAAUCACACCUCUCAUACCAUCUCCAUGCUCUAUUACAACAGAGGAAAUUUACUUUGGCAUCAACGAUUCAAACGAAAGGAUUUGGCAUUACGAGAUUUAGAAAAGGCUCUCUCCUAUUCACCUCAUCAUAUUCAAGCACUCCUUCAAUUGGCGUGGUUGUACCUUCACACAGAAGAAGAAGAAAAGUCAGUAGACUCGACAUCCACUCAAGGACGUGAGCAGUGUGUGUGGGAUUUACUUCGUCGUGCUGAGAAUGCUCUUGAACUAGAUGAAAAACAACGAAUGGAUCAGUCGUCAAUGCAAACGGAUGAUAUGAAUGCGGAUCAAGAGGAACAAGAUCAUUAUCGCUCUUGGAAGGUGCAUCAUGCCACUCUGUAUUCCCUAAAAGCAGAAUUGAACUUGACCCGCAAUGAGUGGGAUCAGGCUAUGAAGAAUGUGAAUUAUGCUCUGCAAUUGUGUCCUCAAUCGGAGUUGGCUUAUUUCAAUCGAGGACAGAUAUGGAUUCAUCAGAGGGAUUUUGAAAAGGCAAGAAUGGAUUUUGAACAAGCUAUUGAUAUCGUCAAACGAGAAGGAAUGAUCUUCACCGAAGAUGAACUCAAAGAACUGAUUCAAAAGAGUACCACUAUUGAUGAGGAAGAAGGACCUUCCGAAGUGAAGAAUGAUGAAGCAAAUUAA